AUCCUGCGCGUCCUGGGCGAGGUGUGUAACGGUUUCUUCUUCAUUGAGCUUUGCCUCCGCCUGUGGUGCUAUAAAGCCAGUUUCGUGUACGGCGAGGAUUAUGGCUGGAACUUGUUCGAUUCAUUCCUGGUGGUGUCGUCGGUCCUGGAUGUCAUAUUGACCUACACCGCCGCGGAAAUCUCCCCGGCCCUCGCCGCAAGCAUGAAGAUGUUGAAGCUCUUUCGGAUCAUGCGCGUCUUCCGAGUCUUCCGAUUCUUCAGAGAGCUCGGGAACUGGGCGAUGAUGAUCAUCGAUUCCUUAAAGUCGCUUUUCGGGGCAUUGAUCCUCCUCGGUAUCAUUGUCUACGUGUUUGCAGUGAGCCUUUCCAUGAACACCGCAGAUUGGCUUCUCCAACAGGAAUCCGCUGGCAUGGUGGAUCGCAUGCUCUACGAGGACGUAGAGACCUGGUUUGGCUCGCUGGGCUCCACGGUUUAUACAUUGAUGCUGUCGAUCCUUGGGGGGGUCAGCUGGCACAUCGUCUGCGACCUCCUCUUCAGAAUCGACAUCCUGUCAGCGUGCAUGCUCCUGUUUUACAUUAUGUUUACCAUCUUCUCUGUGCUGAACGUGAUCACAGGAGUCUUCGUGGACUCGGCCAUCCAGACGACGAACUCCCAGCGGGACAUUCAGAUCGAGCGCGAGCUCGAGUUGAAGGACUCCUUCCUGAAGUCGCUCAAGGACUUCUUCGAAGCUUUGGACACGGACGGCAACGGCGCGAUCCAUUUGGAUGAGAUCAAGAUCAUGCUGCAGGACCAGACACUCGCCGCCUACUUCGCAGUGCUGGGCUUUGACGAAGUCAAUGCGCAUCAAAUCUUCCACCUGCUCGACGACGAUGAGUCCGGCGAGGUGAGCAUACAGGAAUUCCUUGACGGAUGCGCGAAGCUGAAGGGGCAAGCACGAAGCAUCGACGUCCAUGCGAUCAUGCACCAGUGCAGGGCACUCCACCGUGAUAUCAGCUUCGUGGGCUCCCAGUUGGGUGUGGACCUGCAUCAGGUUGAGGGCCUUCUUGGGGAGGGCGAGGGGGCCGAUACCAAACAGGGGAUUCCUGUAGUUGAGCACUUCUCCACUCAAGGUGUGGGAGUGCCAGUCAUACCAGUGAUGACGACGAUGGCGGUGACAGCAUCUACGCUCAUUGUGAUCAUGAUAUUGACGGGAGCAGACGUGCGGAACAUCCUGAGCCCUAGGCACGACAUGGUCGUUUCCAACACUGUAAGGCGAAACAACAAGAUGUGCUGGAGGGCGCGUGUUUCGCAGGACCUCGAGUUCAAGGAGGACGGCAGCGGGAAGGUUGUCGUCAAGUCAACUGGUCAUGAGAUGUCUUCUCGACUUGAGGUUGUCAAGACCUACUUGAGCAGCGCGAAGUAUCGGAAGGCAUGCUGGACGAUGGUGGCGAUGGCGAUAUUGAUGUUGCUGAUCGUGAAUAUGGUGACGGACAUGACGAUGACGACAGCAGAAUGCACAGACAUGAGCCAAGAUGUUGUCACUGUGGCGGAUGGCGAGGAGCGAGACAGUCUCUUCGAGAAGGUGAGAGAUGGAGACCUCGCCGAGGCCAAAGACGCGUUGGCGAAAGUCAACAUGUGCUGGCUGCACAGCAGCCUCCACCAAAACAUGCUGUUCUUCGUAGCAGCUCGACGCCGCCGCCGCGGCUGUGUGCUGCUGGCGCAACUCUGCAUCAAGCAGGGAGUUGACUUGGAGCAGUCCGACGACAAUCAGCAGACACCGUUGUUUUGGGCUGCAGCCUGCGGGAAUCUGGCCAUGGUGGAGUUCCUCUUGAACUUCGGUGAACUACCGGGACAACAACAAAAAACGGCCUUGUUCUUUGCCAUCGGGAACAAGCACUGGGAAGUGGCGAACUGUCUUAUCGAGCGCGGCGCCUCGUUGGACGUGAGGAUCCGCUUUGCCUUGUGGGAGUGGGGGCAGGAGGAUAGCGAUCCUCAGAUCGAAAAGAGAGUUGAGAACGUCGUCGUGGAAAACGCAGAGUUCUACGUAUGCCAGUCGGUGACCGGCUGCUCCAAGCGUAUCAGACGCAUGGAGCGGGAAUUCUGCGGUGAUCAUGCUCACCUGCACGAGAACGAACAGUGGUACAAGGCUUUGGAGCCGAAGAAUGCCGCGAACCUGGUCAACGUUUGCGUUGACGAUGAUGACAAGUACGUCAACUGUAUUGAGUCAACAGAGCUCAUCAAGGAAAGGGACUCGGAG